ACGACUCUCCACUGGCAACCCAGCUCUCUCUCUCCUCCUUCCCUCUCUCUCUCUAACCGAUCCAGCUCUCUCUCUCUAGCUAACCACAACAGUAAACAUCAACUAAACAGCACACCAGUUGAUGAGAACGGCAGCAAGUUCUAAUCCCUGAUUAAUUAAAUUAAUCCCCUUAUUAAUGGCGUCCUCCUCAUAAGCUCCUUCGCAUUAAUACACUCACUCACCUGCAUCUGUUGAUACAUAUAUACUCAUCUAUCUACACGUCUUCGAUCUUCUCGGAUCCCCCGCAUUUUCCUUCUACCAGUCAAAAAACCAUGCCGGGUCUAGUCUCUGUCAAGACCCCACCCGAAGCCCCGCCGCUCCGGAUCACCGUCCCCGCAGACUCCUCCCCCGCCCCGAUCCGGCCCAGCUCCGACAGAUCCGACCCGCCGAACCCCAAGACGGCGUCGCCCCUCCUUCGCCGGCCUCCCUCCCCGUCCCCGUCCACCUCCCGGGCCAAGCCCUCGCCGGAUCGGAGCUCCGGCAAGAAGAAGUCGCCCGAGAAGCCGCUCCUCGACGAGUCCUCGCUCGACAACCCGGAUCUCGGCCCGUUCCUGCUGAAGCUCGCCCGCGACACCAUUGCGUCGGGGGACGGGCCGGGCAAGGCGCUGGAAUACGCGCUCCGCGCGUCGAAGUCGUUCGAGCGGUGUUUGAGCGAUGGGGAGCCAAGUUUGGACCUGGCGAUGAGCUUGCACGUGGUGGCGGCGAUUUAUUGCAGCCUUGGGAGGUUUGAGGAGGCGGUGCCAGUGCUGGAGAGGGCAAUCAAGGUGCCUGACGCGGCGAGGGGUGCGGAUCACGCGCUGGCGGCGUUCUCGGGGUACAUGCAGCUAGGAGAUACGCAUUCGAUGCUGGGACAGCUGGAUCGGUCGAUCGAGUGUUACAAGGAAGGGUUGAAGAUACAGAUGGGGGCGUUGGGGGAGACGGAUCCGAGAGUCGCCGAGACUUGCAGGUAUUUGGCUGAGGCCCAUGUCCAAGCAAUGCAAUUUGAUGAGGCAGAAAAUUUGUCCAAGAGAACUCUUGAAAUCCAUCGUGUGCACAGUCCACCGGCAUCUCUUGAGGAAGCAGCAGACCGCCGAUUGAUGGCCCUCAUAUGCGAGGCUAAAGGAGAUUACGAAUCAGCUCUCGAACACCUUGUUCUUGCCAGCAUGGCAAUGAUUGCCAAUGGUCAAGAGAAUGAGGUUGCUGCUAUUGAUGUCAGCAUUGGAAACAUCUACAUGUCCCUAUCUCGUUUUGACGAGGCUGUAUUCUCCUACCAGAAGGCACUCACUGUCUUCAAAUCAUCAAAGGGUGACAACCACCCUUCAGUCGCCUCUGUUUUUGUUCGGCUCGCUGACCUGUACUACAAGACUGGAAAGCUGCGUGAGUCAAGAUCCUAUUGUGAAAAUGCCCUGAGAAUAUUUGCAAAACCUGUGCCAGGAACCAGUCCAGAAGAGAUUGCUAGUGGGAUGACCGAAAUUUCAGCCAUUUAUGAAUCAUUUAAUGAGCCCGAGGAGGCACUGAAGCUCUUACAGAAGGCGAUGAAGUUGUUGGAGGAUAAACCAGGGCAGCAAAGUACAAUUGCAGGAAUAGAAGCACGCAUGGGUGUAAUGUUUUACAUGGUUGGGAGGUAUGAAGCAGCACAUAGCUCUUUCGAGAGUGCUGUGGCAAAACUUAAAGCUAGUGGUGAAAGGAAAUCGGCAUUCUAUGGGGUUCUGUUGAACCAGAUGGGGUUGGCUUGCGUACAGUUGUUCAAAAUAGAUGAAGCAGCGGAGUUGUUUGAAGAGGCGAGAGAAAUACUGGAACAAGAGUGCGGACCAUGUCAUCAAGAUACCCUUGGAGUUUAUAGCAAUCUUGCAGCAACUUAUGACGCUAUGGGAAGAGUGGAAGAUGCAAUCGAGAUUUUGGAGUACGUUCUCAAAUUGAGAGAAGAGAAGCUUGGAACUGCGAAUCCUGAUUUUGACGAUGAGAAGAAAAGGCUAGCUGAUCUUCUGAAAGAAGCAGGAAGGUCUCGAAACAAGAAGGCAAAAUCAUUGGAAAACCUCAUUGACCCCAACUCUAAGAGGACGAAGAAAGAGGGUUCAAGGAAGUGGUCUGCGUUUGGAUUUAGAAACUGAUUUUGUACCAUUUCUUCCAAUUUUUUCCUCUCUUUUCCUACACGUGCACAUUUCUGUAACAUAGGAGAUUGUGUAUAGGUCUAAUUUGUAAUUUGGCGAUGCUUCUUGUUUAUCGGGCUUUGAAUGUGCGUUGUUCUUUUUCUUGCUGGUAUUGGUUUGAUCGGAUUUGUAUUUUGACCUUGAAUUAUUCACUGGGAAUGAAAUUUUAUCUUUCCAUUUCUCCCA